AUGUCAGAUUCGUCGAACACGAAGACCGCUUGUAGAGUGACGUAUAUCUGGCUCUGCGGCAAGGAUGCUCACCAUGACAUCCGCAGCAAAGACCGUACAAUGUACCUAACGACCGAGGAAAUGGCGAAACACCCCAAGGAGCUCCUUGCCGAGGGUCUUUUCCCAGUGUGGAACUUUGAUGGCUCCUCAACAAAUCAGGCACAAGGACAAGAUACCGAAAUCCUUGUCAGGCCUGUAAACGCAUACCACUGCUGCAUUCCCCGUCCCUCAUCGACAAUUCCGUGGAUUCUCGUACUAGCUGAGUGCUUUGUACCCAGCGGUGAGCCAACAGCGGAUAACUCUCGUGCUGUGGCGCGUCGCAUAUUUGAGCAGCGACCGGAGGAGCACCCGUGGUUUGGAAUGGAGCAAGAGUUUUUCUUGGUAAAGGGUGGCCGUCCUUAUUCCUGGCCCGCAAACGGGUUUCCUGCUCCUCAGGGCCCAUAUUACUGUUCCACAGGUUCCUUGGUUGCGCCUGGACGAAAGUACAUUGAUCUGCAUUAUGAGGUGUGUCUGCAGAUGGGACUUAAUGUUUCUGGGACGAAUGCUGAAGUGGCGCUUGGACAGUGGGAAUUCCAGGUUGGUCCCUGCGAGGGUCUGGAAAUGGGUGACCAGUUGACGGUGGCACGUUGGGUGCUUUUGCGGAUUCUAGAGGCCGAUGAGUUGGACGUAGACUACCAUGCGAAGCCCAUCCGAGGCGAUUGGAAUGGCAGCGGACUUCAUACCAAUUUCUCCACUGAUGCGACCCGUGCUGAGAAUGGAUUGGAUGUGAUUUACACGUACAUUGAGCGGCUGAAAAAAACGGUGUAUAAGGACAUUAUUUUCUAUGGUGCUGAAAAUAACGAGCGUCUCACGGGAACACAUGAGACUUCGAAGGCGGAUGUGGUAACUGCUGGGGUGGGCACGAGGGGGACUUCUAUUCGAAUUCCAAACUCUGUUGCCGCAGAGGGUAAGGGGUAUAUGGAGGAUCGGAGACCUGCCGGAGAUGCUGACCCUUAUCUCGUAUCGUCGCGACUCUUUGCGUCUUGUAUUGGUCUUGAUACUCCGGAAAUGGAUGAUGCGUCGCCUCUUCACGAGAAACAUUGGAUGAGGUUUGACUCGAAAUAA